UUAUCUUGCAAUUACAGUUAUCUUACGAUCUCUCCUGUCCCUUUGCGAUUGAUUUUUACAAUGACUCCUACUGUCGCACCGUAUGGCACUUGGAAGUCACCGCUGACUGCGGACGCUCUCACCGCCUCGUCCACUACAUAUACCGCUCUGGCAGCAGAUCCAUCUACUAAACAGAUCUACCGACUCGAGUCCCGUCCUUCCGAGGGUGGAAGGAGCGUCGUCGUUUCCUCUUCCCUUGACGAUCUCACGAAGGAGAAAGAUGUUUUUGGCUCUGGGUGGAAUGCUAGGUCCGGGGUUCAUGAGUAUGGGGGCGGCGCGCUCUGGGCAGAGCAAGGCAUAGUGUUCUUCUCAGAUUAUGGAAGUGGUAGGAUCUACACGGUGAAGGAUGGGCAGGUGGAGGCAUUCACUCCCGAAAACAAAAAUUUCCGGUAUGCUGAUUUUCGCCCCUACCCAGACAAUCCCAACAUCCUCGUCUCUGUUAUGGAAGAUCACACGAAGCCCGCACCCGCAGACGUGGUAAACACUAUCGUGCUUCUCCGUCCUGGGGAGGCCCCACAGCCGAUCGCUACUGGAGCAGACUUCUACUCUUCUCCCAGAUGGAGCACCGAUGGGAAAUGGUUAUGCUGGUAUCAGUGGAUGCAUCCUAACAUGCCCUGGGAUGGCGGCCUUCUCAAGCUUGCGCAGGUGUCCUCCUCCCAGUCCAACAUUUCCAUAGAAGAAACUAGGACGAUCGCCGGUGUCGACGGCCAAGUCUCCAUCGCUGAGCCCACGUGGAUAUCUCCAACUACUCUGCUGUUCCAGAGCGAUGUCUCCGGCUUUUGGAACCCCUGGUCGUACGAUGUCACCACGGGAAAAGUAGGCCCGUUGCUUCCUGAGCCCAUUCCUCAAGAGUUUACAGCUCCUCAAUGGACUUUUGGGAUCUCUAACAUCGCAGUGUUGAGCCCCGAUAUAGCGCUCAUUAUAUCAGUCGACCAAGGAAUACAUCGGCUGAAUUUACUCACUCUUUGUCCCGCCCCAAAGUACAAACGCCUUGACGUACCCUUCGUUGCCAUGACCCAGCUCUACCCUAUCUCGGCCACACAAGCUAUCAUGCUCGGAGCGACUGACACCACGCCGCUCUCUUCGAUCCUUCUCACACUCGUGGGUGAACAGGUCAACUAUCAGACAAUUCAAAGUCCGAGCAUUGUGGACUUCCCAACGGAGCUAUUCUCAGGCGCAGAGGCCAAGACUCUCCGGACCCCAGACGGGCCUGUACAUAUAUUGUACUAUCCGCCCAGAAACCCAGAAUAUGUCUCCCCUUCCGGGGAGAGACCCCCUGCUCUCGUUUCAGUCCAUGGUGGUCCGACAGGCGCUGCGCAGCCCGGUUUGAACCUUGGUGUUCAAUUUUUCACAUCCCGUGGAUAUGCAUGGAUCGAUGUCCAGUAUGGUGGCAGUACAGGGUACGGCAAGGCGUACCGAGACCUGCUCAACGGUCAGUGGGGCAUCGUUGACGUCCGCGACUCGGCGGCAUGUGUCUCUGCACUUGCUGACGAGGGACUGAUCGACCGUAAGCGUGUGGGGAUCCGAGGAAGAUCAAGUGGCGGGUUUACAGUGCUGGCUGCGUUGUGUGACUAUUCAGACAUAUAUACAGCGGGCGUCAGCUUGUUUGGGAUCAGCGAUCUGAAGGCAUUGGCAGGCGAGACACAUAAGUUUGAAUCAAGAUAUGGAGAUAAACUGUUAGGCGGUACAGUUGAUGAAACUCAGGAGGUGUUACGCGAUCGGUCGCCCAUCAAUAAGGCAGAGGAUAUCAAGGCACCUCUGUUGCUCUUGCAAGGAUCCAUUGAUCCAGUUGUCCCACCAAAGCAGGCUGAGCUAAUUCUAAGGAAAGUACAAGAACGUGGUGGCGUGGUGGACAUGGUGGUGUUUGAUGGCGAAGGCCACGGUUGGAGGAAAGCAGAAACCAUGAAAGAAGCUGCGGAACGAGAGCUAAACUGGUACGAGCAAGUCUGGGGGUUGAAGCCGUGACUGCAGUCUGUACAGAACCCAUCCUCCUAAAGACAAUCUGAAAUCUACAGUUCUGGGAUGAUCACUUCGACAACAGCGGACUUGCCGCAUUGCACAGCAGCCACAGCCUUCUUGAAAGUCGCACCGAGUAGUUCAUUUUGAUAAACUCUAGCAACAAGCACGUGAUCGCCACCGCCGCUGGCAGCCCGGGCAAUCUCGCCGUACUGUGACUGAGGCUUGCCGAAGCUAACGCCCAUUUCUUCGCCCGAAAUACGGGAGGCAAAGCCGAAAGGGUGGACAGCGAGGGCAGACAUUUUUGGAGCCCUCCAACCACCAUUGCAGAGAAUGACAGUGAGGAAAUUUAUCCCAUAUCGCGACGCCAUUGCGUGUACCGUAGACGGUACCGAGAACAUAUACGACCCAUCCCCAGUGACACAACAAAUCAAGGGCUUAUUUCCAUGUUCGGCCUCUGCCAGCGUUAGACCGGCUUCGAUUGCGAGACCGACGCCAACGGCAGCACCGCCAUGCCAGCCCAGAGACGAUGCUCCAGAUGUCAGGUAUUGUCCUGGCUUUGGUGCGAGGAGAUCCACCGUCACAGCAUAAUUGGUAAUAGUUUCGCACAGCAUGAGGGUAUUGGCAGGGAGCGCACUCUUCAAAUUCGCAAGAAGGGCGGGGACGCUCGCGGUAUUCGGAACUACAGAAGGUUGUCGUACUAUAUUCGCCAGGCGAUCGAGCCGAUCCUGACGAGCUGCUUUGGCAGCCACCAGGCGGUCGUUGACCCUGCUGGCUACUUGUGGUGUGAUAUUAACUGCGGAUCUGAUUUGGCGAAGAGCUUCUUUCGCAGAGGCGCUGUAACGAAACCGAGCGGGAAUGUAGAAUAGCGGCAUGGCAGUCUUCAAUGGGUCAACAUCGAUAUGUAUGAUAGUAGCAUUUGGACUCGGCCUGUUCUCGUGGGGAACCCAUGGCACAUCAGAGUCGAUCACAAGGAUCACAUCGGCGUCCGCCAGGAGUUUGUUCUGUCCUUGACCACUCCAGUGCACACCAGCAUAAAGGUCAUGUUCAGGUGGGAAGUUCGCGAUGAAGGGGGUCGCCUCAAUGACUGUUAUAGAAAGUGUUUCGGCCAGCUUGACCAACUCUGGUACCGCUUCGAUAUCACGCCCGAGU